AUGACGAGUAAACAAUCGAAUAACCAAGAAAUAACGCAACCAUUAUCAAAUCAGCUGCAAUCUUCAGAGCUACAACAGAAGCAUGCGCUACAAUUUCAAAACCUAAAAAAUCAACAAGACCAAGAAUCCUUCCAAUUGUUGAAGAAAAUGCCGAAUAAACAACAAUUAUUAGAGCAACAGCAGCGACAUAAAUUGGAACUAAAACAACAACAAUUUCAACAAUUCCAGGAAUUGCUGCUGCUUCUAACAUGUCCACCUCCACAGCAAACAAAAAAAGGCAAGAUACGCCCAUUUAAAUACUCUCGACUUGCAUGCGAUUCAUGCAAUAAAGGACGCCAAGCCUGUGUGAUGAAAGAAGGAGCUGCUUUUUGCAAUAGGUGCAUUGAUAAAAAAAGCAAAUGCACUUUUGAUAGAACUAUCAAAAAAAGAGGCCGCAAACCAAAAGAAAAUUCUGAUAACAGAAAUGGCCACCAAUGUUGUUAUAGUGGUAGCGAACCUUUGGCUAAUGGCCGUGACUUGCACGAGGGUUCCGAAUGCUUUUUGAGUUCAGUGAGCCAAUUUGGACCAGGAGGUAAAAUUGUUCCAUCUGAAGGCAUGUCUACUGUAAGGGCAUAUGUAGUAGAGGUUGCAUCAGCUGGUGGUGUAACGCUAGAUAUUACAACUUCGACAUAUCUUUGUGACAUGUGUUGUGAAUGA